GGAAGGAGAAGGUUGCUGCGCUGCAGAGAGAGUUUGCAAUCACCAAGUUUCAGAUCCAGGAGAGUCUUUUGGAGCGUCAAAUUUUGGAAUUGGAGGACAAAGUCGCAGAAUUAGAACAACUACGUGAUGAGGAAAGGCAGGCUUCCAACGCUCGGAUACUCGAGCUUGCUGCUCAUGUGGGGAUGCAGGAAAAGCGAUUGGAAGCAUCUGAAGAAGCCAGAGCCAAUCUCGAACUCACAGGCCGAGCUAAAUGGGCUGCACAAGACGAAUGCAGAAACCCAAAUUUCCUCAGAGUCUUUCAUCGUCAAACUCGAGCGUACGACCUUACAGCUCGACGGGGAACGCUCCAAACUCGCUGAAUCGGAACGGGUCAACGACGAACUCAAGCGCUCAAAUGAUGAGUUGAAGAGGCAGAUUGCCAAGUGGCAAUCACUAGAAAGUAAAGGCGACAUGGAAAUGGAAGCGGAACGGAAGAAGCGUGUGGAACUCGAAAUACGACUUCAAGCUACUCAAAAUCAGCUCACCAAACGAGAAGGAGAAUAUGCGAAGGCGGAAAAGAGAACGGCAAAGGCCAAACAAUAUCUGGAUGAUUGGAAGAAUCACGCAGAAACCUAUCAAGGUGAAGCGGAAGACUUGAAGAAAAAACUUGCGAAGUUAGAAAAAGUAAAUAAGAAACUCCUGUUCGAGGUCGAGUCUUUUAAGGAAAUUAAAAUCAACAAGGAUUCUCCGGUUGAAUCCGAAGAAGAAGUCGCCCGUACUGUGAGCCAGGCUGGCCCGUUGUCUCCAGUACCCAUUCCCGCUGCUGAAACAUCCCAAAGCAAAAUUGCUUCCAAAAAAUCUUCCGCCAAACCAUCAUCGCGCCGCAUGCGCAAGGCAUCUGCAUCCGCCGCGUCGUCAUCAUCGUAUUCUCCUUUGGAUGUGAAUGCCGACGCAUAUGAUAUUCCUGCAACUGCACACGCAAAAGGAAAGAGAAAACAUACAGCUGACAGCGAUUCAGGAACGGAGAUUGAGCAGCCACAGAGAACGACAAGGUCUCGCCUCAAACCUAACACGAAAGAAAUUGCGCCUGCCAAUGACCUCGAAAUCGAGAUCAUUCCCCAGGAGGAUAUCAAGGGCCGCAAAGGAAAGCGGAAAGCUUUUCCUCUCCAUGCAAUAAACGAAGAGCAGGUGGAAGGUGAUGGGGCACAAUCAGCAGUUCCUGCCAAGAGAAGGAAGCGGAAUGACGACCCGGAACGACCCAAACCCAAAGUACGGGGGGUUGGCAAAAAUACGCUACCCUCUAGGGCAGAAAGUACUGCAUCGACUGCCACUGUAGACCCCGAAUCGGGAGGCUCCAGCAGUCAUAAACCUGGCACAACAAAGAAGAGGAAGAUCAAUUUAUUCCAAUCCUCGAGCAAGAUGGAUCUUUCGAAUUUGGAUUUUGGUUCACAGGGAAGCGGGAUCCCUUCAGUGCUCUCGCCUCUAAAACCAGAGCAAGCCAUUCCUGCACGCUCGACCAGUUUUUUGUCGUUACUGAGACGUUAAAUCCACUUCCUUGUUUGAUGUUUGUUCCAAUUGUAUGUACACACAUAAUUGCACUUUUCAACGCCGAAUAAGGUAUGAUGCAUCCAUCCUG